CCUGGCCUGUGACGCACCAAGAUGGCGGCGCCCACGAACUAAGCCGGGAGAGAAUGUCGCUGGUGUUGUUCAGGGGAGUCUCGGCGGCGGGGGCUGCCGCGCUGCGCGGAUGGAGCUGCCUCGGCUCGCACGUGGCAGCGGCGGGUCGGGGAUCACUGCGUAAGGAGCUCGGGGUUGAGUAAUUCGGAGCGCGCGCAGCUGGUCCCGUGUACACUGCCUCUGCUUCGGAUUAGAUACGGGCCUCCCCCUACCUGGCACCUUGGGGUGCAGCUCCCAUUCAGUCCCAGACAGCACAGCCGGGCGGAGCUCAAGGGAACGCGGCCACGCUGUUUGGGGGGUUAGCGGGAAUUUCAGUGCAGAACAUCGGGAAGGCACCAGGUUGGGGGAAAUGGAUUCACCCCGUCCCCGUCUCUGCAAGUGACAGAAAGGCCCCUUUCCACAGGGUGCCUUCCAAACUGCUUGCAAAAGUCACAUGCAUCUCAUCAAAAUAGAAUUAAAGGGGGACCCGGGUGGCCUCUUUGUCCAAGAGCAUGGAUAUGAUUGGGAGUCAAUCUGCUUUAAGGCACCUGGGGAGGUGGCUAAAACGCACUGAAGACCCAUAGACGAACGCAUCUAUGCGUGUUCUUUGUUGGAGCAGAAGGCAGGACAUGGGGAGGGGGUUGACCUGGUAAUUACCUUGCAGUGUGGCAGACACCUUCCACCAUCCCACUUAUUUGUUUAUUUUAUUAUUACAUUUAUAUUCCACCUUUUCCCAAGGAGCUAAAGGUGCUGUACACACCUUUUGCCCCUCUCCAUUUUAUCCUCAUAAGAACCCUGUGAAGUAGACAUAAUGACUGGCCCAAGGUCACCUAGUAGGCUUCAUGACUGAGUGGGAAUUUGAACACUGGUCUCCCAGGUCCUAGUCUGACACUAACCACUGUGCCACGCUGGCAUCUGGUGGAUGGAGAUGGAGCUUCCCAGCAGUGAGGGCUGCUUUGGUGUCUCUGUAGCUCUGUCACGGGUUCUUGCAUCACUUGUCAUCUUCCAUGUGCCAAGGCCUCUCACUCCAUCUCUCUCCUCACCUAUUAAAUGCAACAUCAAGCUCACAACCAAGGAGGCAGUAGAGUGGGCUGUUUCCUCCGUUUCUGGUCUUAAUGCACUAAAUUAUCUUGAUUACGGCCUUGGAUUGUGAAAAGAAUAUGGUGACUAAAAAGUUGCUGUUGUAUGUCAAAAGAACUUGUUUACAUGUCCCUUGCAUUGGUAGCCAUUUCCUCUUUCCCUGUAGUGGAACCUCUACUUGAACUGGAAACUGCAUGACACUACUGAACUUAGAAUAGAAAAGAAUAUGCAAAGGAUUUUGCUGUUAGAGAUCUUCCCUCGCCCAAUGCCCAAAAUGUGACUUUCGGUCACAUCUAACAACCUGAGCAAUUGCAGCAGCCUUGUUGGGGGUGAAGGCAGAGCAGCUUACUCUUUCUCUGCUCAUGCAUUGCCCACAUUUAUUGGCCGUGGGGCAGAAAACAGAAUGCUUUCUUCAAAUAUGAAAUGUUCCGUCUACUUAUGAGCCUAAAAAUUGCUUCUCCACAGGCUGUUCUCUAGACUGGAAGAGCUGUUUUAUCUCCCCAAAAACCAAGAGAGAGAAGUGAUGUGCCUAAUUACUUCCAAGGAGCAAAAUGUUAAUGUGCUGUUGUGUUAUUGUAUUGCACUGAUGUGGCUCAAGUGUAACCCCUGCUGCUUUUCUGUCCUUUUAGAUAAGAGCCCCCUCCUUCAAACAGCCAGGGAUUAUGCCAGGCCUGUCCGUAGAAAAAAGCAAGGUUUGUAUUACAUUCUCAUUGUUGUAAGCAGUUGGUCUGCUAAGGCUGUCACCUGAACUGUUUGAGAUUCCAGUUUCAUGACUGUACUGGAUAUUAUGGGUCUGAGUCUCUGUCUCUUACACCAUUUCCUAAUCCAUUGAAAUGGAAAAUAAAAUUGCUUAGAUUUUUUUUUACAAUUAAGCAGCACACAAGUUCUGUUAAAUAAAAAAGGGUGAUUGGACAUGUUAAGAUACACCACUUGCUACAUGUUCUGUUGGCCCAGGUGAACCAACUUCCUGCUGGCUUGUGGGUCACCAUGUUUUGCAACUGGAGUCCCUCUUUAGCUUCCACAAUGUACUUCCCUCUCUUUACCUACUGAGAGAUGCCAAGAGCUUCUCUUUUAGACAUCAGCUCAUGUGUUCCCACCAAUACUUGGCUGACUACUGUUAGAAAAAAGUAUUCUGUACUAGAGAGAACUAGCAAGGCAGCUGCUGUGCUCUUAUUGCUGUGUUGCUGUUGUUGCAGAAAUCCCCAGCCAUUUGGAUGAUCUGCCUCCCACAAUGCUGAAGAAACCUUAUGCCAACAUCCCAGUUAUAGACAAGUAAGGUUUGCGAGGACCAGGGAAGGACUGUGAGUUUCAUGAAAAGGGGCUUCAUGGAGGAAACAGCAAGUCUGCCACAUUGGGCUGCCCUUUAGGGGCCCCCAAAAUGCAACCACUUAAGCCUCAUUUUAGUGACUGGGGUCUUCAGAUGAUGGGGGAGGUCCUAAAUUAGUGAUCCUAUAACUUACAUUUAAUACUGGAUAUCUAACAUGGCUCCCUUGAUUUCUAAUCUCUCAAAGCUGUUCCCCAAAUGUUAAGCAAUUCGGGGACAAGUAAUCAAAGGACUCUCUGUUUUCCUGCAGGGUAGAUGAUGUUGUGAGAAGGUUGCUGUCUCUGGAAAUGGCAAGCCAGGUCAGUGUUCUCCUACAUGGGUAAAUUAGGAUUGGGGGCAAGUCUUCCUUCAUUCCCCCACUCUUCCAUGCUUUACCAUUAAAAAAGCCAUAAAAACAGAAUUUCUGCCUUUUCUGUAGGCAGGCAGGUUUGCUGUUGGCAUUGUAAGCAAACAAUGGCCUGCCAUUCCUGCAUAGUGGAGUAGGGUUGAGUGACUAUUAGUCAUCUAGUUGUAUGAGUAUCUAGUUGUAUUAAUUUUGUCUUCCCCUUCUGCAUGCAGAAGGAGAAAGUGAAAAUCAAGAAACAGCAGCUAGCAGACCAGGUCCGGAAGUCCCCAACUGACACUAGCUCCUUAGAGGUCCAAGGUAAGCAGAAAAAUAUGUCCCAAGAGAAAAGCUGCUGCCUCCUGUUUCCAUUUGGCUGGAGCCAAAUGGAGCUGGUCUCUCAGCAGAGCAGGUGGAGUGGUCAUGAUUCUCUUUUUGCCCUAUACCAAGGUGGAGAACCUACAGACACUGAAGUGUUCUUGGACCAUUGAGCAUGCUGGCUGGGACUAAUGAGAGUUGCAGUCCAACAACACCUGGAAGGCCAACAGUGUUCUCAACCUCUGCCAUAUAUCUACUACCAAAGUCCACGCAAGGAUUUUGAAGUAGCCAGAGGGAAGACCCUUAGAUCUUCCAGCUAUAUAACAUCAAACUGUCAUUAGUCAAGUGCAAGCUCUAGAAUAAUGGAAGCACAUCCAGCAGCCAGCUCUAAGUGGUCAGUUCCCUGUGUUUGCUUGCUGGCUGGCAAUGUCUAUGCGCAGUUUUUAAAGCAGGAAUUCAGAAACAUUCAACAUUGGAAUAGGCACUUUGUCUCUGGCCUUUCUGCAGUGACUUUCUUUUGCUCUUGCAGUUGCCUUCUUGACAGCCAAGAUCCGCACGCUCCAGGAACAUCUGCAUAUGCACACCAAGGUAACCGUCUUUGAUGCAAGCACAAUAUAUGCUGUAUUCGGAGCCAGCUGAUAAUUUGUAUUUCAGGGUGGAGCUACUGUUGAGUGCCAACUGCUACAGCCAUUGUUCAGAUACAAAGCAAUGUCAGUAUGUCUUUCAAAGUUGGAUCUUGCGCAGCACUGAUUACAUAAGAUGUCAGAACCAAAAUAUAAAUGCAUUUUACAAAAUAAAACAGUUAAUAUCCGUAGCGGUAAAUACAAAACAGUGCGGCAAAACUUUAUAGUCCAGGGAAAGCCUGCAUAAAAGGUGCUCCUUUUCCCACCUCCUAAAUUGCAGAGGGUGUUCCAGAGAUUGGGUGCCAUCACUAAGAAGGCCCGCUUCAUAGGUGCCUUAGAUGCAUAGAUUCAUUUGACUGAACUCGGUAGACCUAGCAAGGCCUCCUUAAGAUCUUAUGAUUGGUUGGAGAUGUACAAAUGUAUAAAAGAAGAUAGUUUGCAAGGUAUCCUGGUCCCAAGUAGUUUAGGGCUUUAUAUGCCAGCAGGAGAGCAAGAGAGGCUGCUCCAUUUGGACUGUUGCGUCCAUUUAGACUGUUGUAUAUACCACCAGCUGGAUCCUCACAAUUACUUAUAUGCUGAUACUUCGUGUGAUCAGCCACCUUGGAAAGAUGUCCUGAGAUCUGGGAUAUAAACAAUUAAUAGUAGUAGUGGUAACUAGCAACAAGUAACCCUUGUCCCCAGGACACAGUCAACCGUCGCCAGAUGUUGAUAGCCAUAGACCGGCGGAAUAUGCUGCUGAAGUACCUGCGCAACACCAAGUACGACGUCUUUGAGAAGACAUGCAAGGUGCUGGACAUCAAGUACGAGUUUCCCCCACUGUACUGCCGGAGAGCCACCCGGCGCUGGAUCGCCAAGAAAGCCUUGUGCAACAAGGUACAGCCACCAUGGCAUGUUGCUACCCAGGCAUUUGGAAGCAGAGCUCCUCUUCUGUAACAGAUGAGCUUCGGAGGGGCCUGGUGCUGCUUUGUGCUCUUUGUGCUCCCAUCAACUGGGAGACAUCUGGAGGGCACUGGGUUUGGGAAGGCUUUCUUAAAGCAAUAUUACUCUUGUUAAAUUGCCAGGCAGGCCAGCAAAACCUCCACCCUCCUCAAUGGAGCUUACCUUUGUUUUGUAUUUCGCAUGACCAGUAGUGUUGGGGGCACAUACUGGGUAGGACUGAGGGUGUAAGCAGCCACCCUGAGCAGCACCAAAUAGCAGGAGUGCAGUGCUAGAAUUCUGUAAGAAAUAGGAGGUUCUGCCUUGUGCCAAGUCAGACUCUUGGGCCAUCUAGCUAAGUAUUGUCUCCAGUCACUGACUGGCAGCAGCUUUCCAGGGUUUCAGCAGGAGACUUUGCCAGCCCUAUCUGGAGGUUCCACAGAUUGAACCUAUGUGUAAAGCAAGUGCUGUGUCACUGAGCCAUGGCUUUUCCCAUGGAGUAAUAAAUAUAAACAUAGUAAAUGCCCAUUGUCAGCUGGUAUGGGGAUUAGACCACUCCCAAUAGAACUCUGGGAUUUUGUAGUCUUGGUCUGUGCUACUGACUGCCUAACUGCCUCCCGCCUCCCUUCUUACCAUUAACCCUCUAGGUCUACCAAGAGGCACAGAAGCUGAAAGCCCCGCAGAGACUGAAGCAGCGACAAGAGUGGCUAGAGAGAACCAGGGCCAGAGAAGCAGAGAAGCAAGCAUCGCCAACUGAAGGCAGCCCAGUCUAAGCAAAACCUGCCCUAUGUUUGGGAGGGGGCUCAUACUGAGCAACAUCUUCUGAAGCUGGUAGACAAUAAAUAGUUUAACCACCACUGUUUCCUCUGCCUUGGGUGCAUAUGAAAGUCUGUGUAUAUAGAGUCCUCUGCGCAAUGAUGAUGGC